UCGGACUGCGCUGUGAAACAAAACCAGCACCUCCGUCCAGCACUGCGCCAUCUCUUUACGUUAGCUCGGUAGCUAGAAGAAAGCUAGCUCGCUGCUCAAGGGGGCGAAUCGCUUGUGCUCAAAAGGGACGACCCAAGUAGCAAUUUGACAGAUUUUACCGAAAGCAAGACAUUUUACUCGUAAAGGUCGUGUGGUGGUUGGCUAACGUUAGCCAUGCUAGCCGGCUUUGAGGCACCGAGGCUAACGCAGGGCCUGCUGUGUUCACACUAAAGCCAGGUGAUGGCGCUGUCGGUGUUCCAGGCGGGUGUGUUGUGGAUGGUUUAGUAUAAAUCGCGAGGGGCGAAGGUGAAGGUCGAGACACCAGCCCAAACUGAUCCCAGCCCACAGUGUCAAACAUCAGACAGACGACAGCCCUGCACACAGACGCUAUGGAUCGUUCACCCACCACCUCCAGCCUGAUGGCCAGCAGCAACGUCACCAACAAGACCGACCCACGCUCCCUCAACUCUCGGGUCUUCAUCGGCAACCUCAACACCCUGCUGGUCACCAAGGGCGAUGUCGAGGCCAUCUUCUCCAAAUACGGCAAGAUCGUAGGGUGCUCUGUCCACAAGGGCUACGCCUUCGUUCAGUUCGCCAACGAGAGGAACGCCCGAGCUGCUGUCGGCGGGGAGGACGGGAGGAUGAUUGUCGGACAAGUACUCGACAUCAACCUGGCUGGAGAACCCAAACCACACCGGUCAAAAACCACCAAACGCUCAGCUGGAGACAUGUACAGCAGUUCCUCAUUUGACCUCGACUAUGACUUUCAGAGAGAUUAUUACGACAGAAUGUACUCGUACCCAUCCCGUGUUCCCGCUCCUCCUCCCCCCUUGUCGCGGGCUGUGAUCCCGUCCAAGCGCCCGCGGGUCAGCCUGAGCGGAGGAAGCAGCCGGCGAACCAAGAGCAGCUUCUCCUCUUCCUCCAAGAGCAGUCAGAGGACUUCGUCGUCCAGAACAAUGAAAGUGGACGAGCUGCAGACCAUCAAGCGGGAGUUGACCCAAAUCAAAAGCAAAGUGGACGACCUGUUGGAGAGCCUGGAGCGCAUGGAGAAGGACCACAGCAAGAAGUCAGAAGCUAAGAGUAUAAAAACGGAGCCAGGAGAGGUGACUUCACCUCCGCACCCAAGCAACAAGAAGGAUGAGGGGAUAAAGAGAGACCGGGAGAGCCAGGAGAUGAACGACUCGGACGAGGACGACGAUGAAGAAGAGGAGGGAGACCUGCUGGAGGAGGAAGAGGUGAAGAGUCAAGAGAGGGAGGAUGAAGAGGAGGAGGAAGAGGAAGGAGAGCACGUGGAAGGUGACGACGAUGGUGACAGUGUAAACGGCGAAGACGACUCGUAGGCAUGGACGACCCCGACGCAUGCAGCGUACACACCGCUUCCAGUAGGAACUCGGACUCCUGUUUUAACACUCAUAUUGUAGAUACAAAAAGCAAACGAGCAUGGUGCACACACUCUGUCCAUUGUCCCUGAAGCCGUUUUUUUUGUUGUUGCUCAUUUUAUCACUGUAACAGGAAUAACUAGCCGUAGGUUCCGGUUUGUGUUUUUACUGCGUUGUUAUGUGUCUUCGGGAGAAGGUGGAAACUAUGUUCUCAGAGACGACAGCUCGACGGACAUGUCUUAAUGUGAGGACGAACACUCUGCUACAAAAGACCGUUGUUUUUUUUGUUUUUGUUUUUUUAGGUUCAAUGUAUUUUUCUUCAUCGUGAGUUUGUUUGACCUUGUGUGUCUGUAUCUUAAUGUCAAGGUUUUUUUUUAUACUAUUCAGUUUAACUGUAAAGGAAUAAAUUGCAAUAAAAUAUUAAAAUGGAAAGCA